UCGUGCUCAACAAGUGGUGACGGACAGGGGCGCGCACGUUGCCAUGGCGAAGCGUCACUAUGACACCGGUAGCAGAAGGCGAGGCGUGGAUUCAGAGAUUUCACCAACUUCUUUAGUAAAGCACAUAUUCCUCUUCAAAAGCUACAGUCUCCGCCAUAAUCGACCUCAGAUGCCGCUUGAUUAAAGGAUAGACGACCAAACCACCGCCUUCGCCUUCUGUUUACCGUAUCGGAUAAGGUUUUGCUAAUCGUUCGGCGUCGUCUCUACAGUAGAGUGUGUUGUGUGUUGUCCUAGUUGCACGAUAUAAUCCCAGCUAGCUCGUAAUGUAGCUGACUAGCGAGUUUGCGAGCCGUUAAUCGAGCCACAUUAUGAAGAAACCGACUGUGUAGAUAUGGAUACUUAGAAGGGCAAGAAACUGGGCAGGUCCGAACUGACAGGAAGAGAAGUGGGGAAAGAGAUUGGGGGGCAGGAUCGGGAAAGGUUCACAAGUCUGGAUUCAAACUCGGGACGCCCAUAGCGCAACAACACUGGAGAGACAUGGACUUGCAUGAGGAUAAUCAGGAAUCAGAGCACAGCCGAUUGUCUCACCAUAGUGACGGGAAGAUCUCGGAAUCUCCUUUUCGAGCUGGAAAACAGGAGAAAUACAGGAAAGACAUCGAAAGCUCGGUUGGGGAUCAUGCGCGAACCAGAACGCGAGAGCCGGCCGGAGACCCAGACCGGGAUCGUUGUUCGGAUGGAGAACGUAGCAGUCCCUCUUUCUACUCUGAUGAUUAUGAAAAUGUCUCACGCUCGGAUCGGUCUCUCUCGCCUUCAGCUUCUCCGUCUCCACAAAGAAGAGGGAGGUCUAGGAGAGUGUCCAGCAGCCCCUUACAUCGAGCAGGUGUACGUAAAGGUGUGUUACGCCGUCUCCCGCCCCACUCCCAUCAUCCUCAGCAGCGGUCAGGAGGCAUCCGAUCCCAAACUUUGAGUAAAGACGCUCCAUCCAAAGAAGUGGACCCGGUCACUAAACGCAUGCUGUCUGCUCGCCUGCUAAAGAUCAAUGAGUUGAAGAACGCAUUGUCUGAGCUGAGGCUGCAUGCAGACGAGUUGCAGCGUGAGAACCGGUUACUGCGACAGAUGCAGCUGCGGCAAGAGAAAGCUCUGCAUCGCUACAAUGACACAGAGAGCGAGAUCUCACAGCUGUUGUCUCGUCACAACAAUGAGACUCAUGUACUGCGUGAGAGGCUGAGACGCAGUCAAGAGAACCAGCGCACAGCUGAGCGCAGCCUCAGGGAAACAGACGCCCAGCUCCAGCGCUGUCGCAGCCAGCUGCAGAAACUGCAGCAACUCGCAGAUGACCAGAAUCUUGGAGAAAGGGAGGAACUCUCACGAAAACUAACGUUCACUCAAGGCAAUUUACAAGAAAGUGAACGCAGAGUGAAGGAAUUGGAGAAGAACAUGGAUCUGAGUAGCGGGAGCUUUCAGAGGCAGCUAGCUAAUGAGAGGAAGAGAACUCAUGAUGCACAACAGGAAGUUAAAGCACUACAGGAGGAAGUGGAGAGGUUUUGCACUAAACUAAAGGAGAAAGAAAAGGAGCUGGAUGCUCGGAACAUCUAUGCUAAUAGGAUGCUGAAAGCUUCUUCCAGAAAAGAAGCAGAGAAUGGCAGCAAGCGAAAAGUCUCCAAUACAACCAGCACUAAGGCAGUACAGACAGAGGACAGGACGUCCUCACUGGACUUCCCAUCGCCACCUCCAGCUCUUACCAACGAACUCCCACCUGACGACCAGACCGAUGAUUACCUCUCUCUUAAGGUUCAAAAGCCUACAGUGAAUCACAGGGUAAAAAAGCAGGAUCAGCAAGGCAGGGAGCAGAGACCUAGGGAAGCAAAAGAAUGGAAGAUUCAAGAGUUUUGGAGGGAAAGAGAGAAAGACAGAGAAAUAGAAUCUGAGAUGGAACGAACAAGGGAGAAGGAGAGAGAAGAAGAAGCAAUGCAUGACAGAGAAAGAGAAAUGGAGCUGCUGAAAGACAAGGAGAGGCAAAGACUGGAUCAACAGCACAACGCAAAUGAGAAGAACUCAAAGGGAAACAGAGGCCUGGACAGAAAGGAAGAAGAUUGGAGGAUUGGCCUGUCUAUAUCUCAAAAGGAGGAAGAGAGCAGGAAGCAGCGUGAACUGGAAGAGGAGCAACUUAAAGCAAGAAAUCUGGAGAUCCAGGCCGUCAAUCAAGAUAGCGCAGAAGAGGAACGUCAGCGCAAAGAGCAGCUACUGGCUAAGAUGCGUGAGAUCGAUAUGCACACUCAAGGUCAGGACUCGGACUUCUUUUCCGAUGACACAGGAAGUGUCCGCUCUCCUCCACGGUUGUCUGAGCAACGGAACCACAACGGUAUUUUCAAAUUCACAGAACCAGAAGAGAACACAAACACAUUGGCGAGUGGGAGAAGAGCGGGUGGUCUCCGAACACAUGGACCAAGUGAGGAUCUUGAUCUUGCUUUUGGCAGCUACGCCCCUUCUUUUGGUAAAUCUGCCCCCCGUGCUGGUUUAGGUGCACGCAAUGCAAAUCAGCCACCUCAAGAACUAGAUGAAGGGCUGGAUCUGGGUGGCCUGGUCAAAGAAAGGAAGUCCAACCUCAUGCAACAGCUUUUUGGUGCCUCUGCCACACCACCUCCUUCAGAUCCAUCCAGCAGGAUGGAGAUCCUAAGUCCCCCUCUAACAAGCCAGUACCCAUCAGGACCAGUGGGUGGACGCAGGAGGGACACAGACACACCAAAUGGACUAAAUAUCAGUUCUCUCCCCAACAAUAGGAGCACUCUGCAUGUCUCCGAGAGCCGACUCGCGGUCAGGGCCAUUACGUCAUUUGAUGAUGACAUAGAAGAAGUCACACUCUGAAUAGGGUGCUUUUAUAGCCAAUACGAAAGAAUCAGUUUUUUGAAAACACAGAAUCCAAAAAUGUCUGAUCUUUUGCUCCCUUAUGAAGUAAUCGCUGAUUAAACGAUGCUUAGUUUGCUAAUAUGCCUCUUUUUCUAACACUUCCGGCAAAAUCACAGAGGAAGACUUUUUCAGUGAUCAUUUUUUUCAUGGUUAGGUAUGCAAAGGGUCCAAUAUUAACACUCUACUAAAGGCCGUAAAAGCACGGAAGGGAGUAGAAAGUUCUGUGGACAUUAAUGCAAACAUUAAUAAUUCACAUUGUAUGAUAUAUUUAAAUACUUCUCUCCUAUAAAUUUUGCAUCUGAAAGGGAGAUUCCUAUAAAUGCAUAUACUUCAGUAAAUCCUGACAGUAGUUUUUUUGUUUGUUUUUUUAAUCACCAAAUAAGGGUUUGCGCUGGCGCAAGCUUUUAGCAAAUCUGGCCCUAAAUGUAAAAAAAAGUAACUUGUAGGCAAGUAACUUUCAAGGGACCACAGUGUAAUAGAUGGUUUAAGUCAAAUUCUAAGAGUGAUAAUCUAACCCUUGCUGAUGUAAUCUAUAAGAGUGAUUCAUAUCAAGAAUGUACGACCUGUCAAAUGGGGAAAACAACCGUUGUGACUUGCACGUCAGUGCAACUUAUACCUCAGUGGAAAAUUAUGAAAUUUUAUCAGAUACACUUAAUGGGAUUUAGGUACUUUGUUUUUUGUCAAAAAUCUGACUCAUAGUGACCUUGAUGAUCAACUUUUGUUUUGCUGGUUAAAAAGUUAGAAAAUUGUUGGGGGGGGGGGAUCUGGUAUUUUGUUUAAUAAAAAUAAUUCAUAAAACAGUUUCAUAUCAGGUUAGUUAUAUUUAAGGACUAUAAAACUUUACAUUGUGCCCUUGAUAGGUGUGGGAGACCAGGUCAUUUUGGACUCUUCCUCUGUGUGUUUUUAUUGCUGAGAAACUCCUUUGCAUACCACAUGAAAAGAAGUUAAAGUUGUUGUUGUAUUUAGAUUUUUACAAGAACGUGAUAAUUGGAGCUAGAGGGUGGUAUGCAUUCGCCCUUGUGUCUUGUGUAAGAUUCCGUUUGUCUGAAAGGAAGAGCUCUGCACUUUCAGUACUGAUAUGAGUGUGACAAAGCUUUGUCCUCUCAGAGAGCCACGCUGCGGCUCGGCUGACUCAGGCCUGGGCUGCAUCUUCUCCCACACAGCACUUCUCUCAUUUUAAAUAAAUGUUAAUGUCAAUUAUGUGACAAAGGAGAGAGUCUGGUUCAUAAGAUACAGUAAAGUUUGUGGUUUACAGAUUAAACAAUGAGACAAAUACUCAGAUUAUAUCUUUACAGGACACCCAAAAAUAUGGACGGUUACAAAUGUGUGAAUUUCUUUGCAUUCUAACAAACCGGUCUUAAUUUGAGAUUUUAUUGUACUAUUUAAAAUUUUUAAAGCUUAUAUUUCAAAAAUGUUUGCUUGAAAAUUGAACUUGUGCUGAUAAAUGUCUCUUAGUUUGAUAUUUUAUUAUUUAAUACAGUGAUUCUAUGUGUGGUACAAGUGUACACAUAUAUUUGGGGGCCACUGCAUAUGUUUUGUUUUUGUUUGUUUUUUGUUUUUUAUGUGCACGGUAUGAUCCUUUUUACUUUAACCAUUUAGUAACCAGAAAACUCUGAAGUAAUUUGACUUCCACUUGAAUUCUCAGCUGAUACAGUGUCUUUAUUUGUCUGCUUAUACUCUUACAUAAAGAGUUUUCGUUUUUAUAAAUGCGGGGUUAUCUGUGAGAAUUUGUCAAGUAGUUGUGUUAAUUUUUUUUUUUUUAAGUGCAAUUAGAAGAUAUGUUUUGCUCUAUAUAAACUGUAGUAAUUUGGUAUUUAUUAAAGCGUUUCAGGGUUUCUCAAGUUUUGAAAUACUAGAAAUAAUGUGGUUGAUGUUGCUUAUUGUGACUUUAAUGAGGGAUGUCAAUUUAUACAAGUGAAGAUAGAUUUACAAUAUACUGUAAACACGUAUCAGAUACUUAACUGUUUUAUUUUUAAAGGAGUUUUCAUCUCGAGGCCACCAUUACUCAACUUUUUUUAAAAGAACAAAAUCUGGCACUAAUCUAGUACUCACUGGUGAGUUUUAUUGUUCUGUCAAAAUUCUCACUGCAAACUGACUGAGAUCUAUAAAUUGCCAUGCUUCAAUGGUGAUCCCUCAAUCAGUUUUCCAAAGCACUGCAUUAUGUUCCUGUAGUGCUAAAAUGGUUCAUUGUGAAAGCAAAUUCUAUUAUUUUAUAUUACAAUGGCUUGAGGAUGAUUUUGUGUGUUUUUUGUUUAUCUGACUUUGUAUUGUAUAGUAGAUUUUGAAACGGUGAUCCUCGAUGAUCAUCCAAAUACAGUUUUUAUGGUUAAAGUGUCUUUGUUACAUCUUUCCACAAGCUUUUGAAAGGGAGAUGUCAUCAACAUCAUACACACUGGAAUACGCAUAACCAUUAGUCAGCACAUGACAUUGUGUAUGGAGUGAUCUCCAGAAUCAGAUCCAUAGACGUGUGUGAUCUAGAAAUGUAUAUUUGCUACGUGAACAUCCUUUGUCAUUAACAGGAAACCUCUGAUUGUCUUCUCUGGAGAGGCAGCAAGCUUCCAGAGGUACAUAUGUGUUGUGAAGCAUGGUAGAAUGUUAACCAUUGUCAACUUACUAUAGAAUGUCAUCCAUUGUAAGGUCGUGGCAGAGAUGUGGCCAUUGUGGAGGGAUGCUAUUGUGAGCUUGUGGACGAAUGGUUCUGUGUAUUUAACCUUCACAUGACUGUCAUGUGUGAAUCAGUUAUAUUAAUAAUGAGUCAAUUAUAGGUUUAUAGUGUGAAUCUUGUGACACCUGUCAAGAAAAUGUCACAUUUCUGUAUGUAGCAUUUCACACAUAAAGAUGUUUUGCCAUGUAUCAGAGAUGCCCAAACCAGGGCCUGUGGGCCAAAGUUGGCCAUGAUAAACUUUGAUUUAGCCCGCUAUCUUAUAAUACAAGAACAGGCACAAUAGGAGGGGGAAAAAACAUGCCAUUAAAGCAUAUAUUCAAUUAUAGUUUAUAUUUUGGUUUUAACAUUUUUUUGUUUUAUUUUUGCAUUGAAAUGUUAAAAAGCAAUAUUACUAACAUUGAUUAAAAUACCUUAAAAAUUAUAUAUAUAUAAGUUUUUCUUGAAUUAUUUAAUUUUAUUAUAAUAUAAUUGAAUAUAAUGCAAAAUGGCCCUCAGACUUUUGGCCCUUUUAUAUUAUAAGUUUGGGCACCUUUGGGCAUGUAUAAAUAACGAACCAUGCCAUGAAGAUUUUUUGCCACAUAUAUUAAUUAUUAUUAUUUAUUAAAUCAUGGUAGUAUUUAUUGUAUUACUUUUAAUGUAUGCUUGUUUAAAUAAGGAUUUUUUUUUUUUUUGGUCUUGUGCAUUACAGUCAUUUUAAGCUUAAGGUUUAUGGUAAUUUUCUCUUUUGAUUUUGGGGUGAAAUGUGGACUUGUCUGUGACCUUUCUGUGCGAUUUAUAACUUUAGAUUGUAAUACACCAGUUUCAACAUUAAUGUCCUUAAUUGAUUCAUGCUUAUUUAACGGGAGUGAUACUGAAGUAGAGGCGUCAGCUGAGGUAAGUAAAUGUUAUUUUAAUAAAAGUAAGUAAAUGUUAUUCUGUUAUUCGAUACGUUGCAGAGUUACUUAGCACACUAAUGGACACCAUUUCUCCAUUUCAGUGUAGGCUUGCAUUUCUUUUGAGGCCGCGCAUACGUUUCCCAUGCAGCCGAGCGUGUGGUGUCAAGCGUGGAUUGGUGUGUCGUCGCUUUAUCCCCCUCUCACGCGGACCUUUAAACCCAUCCAAUACAAAGCGCUCUCAUUUGCAUACAGAGAGCGCGUAACCAAUGAGGGUGAGCUGCUGAAGAGCUUUCCUAAAUUCAAACCAAUGUCUGAGCGCGUUAUAUUAACAUAUCUGCCUCGCAGACCA